ACCAAGAUAUAGCAUUUAGCUGCCAUCUUGUUUAUUUAGGGUUUUUUGUCGGUCGACGAAAAGUCGAGUUGUUUUCCCUUUCGCCUGAUAAAGACUUCAUCCAUUACAAGACGCAAACUCAUUAGGAAGAAAACACCGUCAUGACUCGCCUGGGUCUGUUUGAGAUCAAAUAAUGGGAAACAAAUCGGGGAAAUCCUCGAAGAAGAGAUUGAAUUGGGAUAUUGACAAGUCGACAACAUCCACCCUUCCAUCACGUCCGCUGCAGCAUCUACGAUGCUUCCCACAGGAUAGAAAUGGCUACAUGUCCAACACAGCUAGAAUAGUAGCUCAGCUACAUCAUCUAAAGAGCGGUCAAACUAGGACAGAUUACGGUGAGGAAAUCCGUUGCUGUGUGUUCGCCCCAGACGACGAAACCACUAUUCUCACAACAUCUAAUCCCUGUGGUCCGAAUGUACGGCCUGAGGAAGGACUUGGGCAUUUUCGCGUGUUUGAUGUAUCCAGGGGUGAAUGUAAAAAGGAGAUUACUACAUAUUACUCCCAGGAAUGCGAUAUUUCGUCGGAUGGCGACUCGAUCGCUUUCGUGAUGAACGCAACUAAAGGGGAAGUCGCCCGAAUAAAACGAAACAGAACGUCACUUAGUGGGGUUUCGGAAAAGCUUGAAAAAUUCCAGCCCGAAUGCAAUGGGCUUAUCGGCCAAACAAUGAUCUGCAAAUUCUCUCCGGACAAUUGCUACUUGCUAAGUGCGGCAUGCGUUGAUUUUCACACUAUUCGCGAAACGAAUGAAUUGCGAGUGUGGAAUGUGAAGUCAAUGGACAUGAUCAAGAGCGUGGUAUUACGUGAUCUUUCAGACUUCUGUGGGUUUGUUACGAGCUGUAAUUUCUCCCCUGAUGGAUCUUUUAUCGCUUUUUCUACCUCCCAAGAGCAGUUAUGCGUCCUUAAAGCAAAAACUCUGGAGAUUGUUUGUGUUCUGCGCAAGAGAUGCAGGGGAAACAAGUGUUGGUGUGUGUUUAAUCCCAGAUACAGAAAUGGGGUAUUGGCAUGUUGCCUGCAGGAUGGCCGAAUUGAGAUCUGGACCCGAGAAGACACUGCCCCACACCCUACCCUUAGCUGUGACCCGCAGGUUACGUACACCUGUGAUAAGCAGCAACGGGUGACAUCAAGUGCUAGGCUCUACUCGUGUCAAUAUUCAAAGGAUGGUAAAUAUCUGGCAGCUGGGACAUCAGAAGCAAAUAUUAUUCUAUUGGAUCCAGACUCUUUAAGUACAUUACUUGUGUUGGAUUGCAAGGCAGUAUCUGCGCCGAAUGAAGGCAUGAUACAGAGUGCAAUUAUACACUGUAUUGCUUUCUCAAACUCAUGCCAGUAUCUAGCUGCCGGUUAUAAUGAUGGUGUUGUUAGGAUAUGGUCAUUGCCAGCAAGGUUUGACUUGCAACAUAUGUGCCGUACUGCAAUCUUGCAGUACGUCCCUGCAAACAAAAUCUAUUUACUCCCAAUCCCUAAUGCCCUGAAGGUUUAUCUAUUAUAUUGGCCACAGUAAUAAAAUUAUCUUUAGAGAUAAAUUGAAUUAUAGGUAUUUUCCUCAUAUUCUGAGUUUAAAAGCAUUAGAUCCAAAUGCUUUGCUCUAUGUUUUUUAACAUUGUUUUAAGCACAAGAAAAGCAAUACUACAAGAAUGCCACAGACAUUUGUUACAAAUCAGUCAUCUAACUCUCAAUUAUGGUAUCACUCGAUAUUACAGAAAGAAUUAAUAGAAAAUACUGUUAUCUAUUAAAUCUUGAUAAUUGGCCAUCAAUAUCUAAAUAAAAUAAGAAAUUCUCCAUCUGUACUAACACACAUAUACAAAUACAUACACAAUGUUAAUUUUGUCCUCUCAUUAAUAAUAUAUUCCUGUGCAUCAGACAAAAAAUCAUUACAAUUUAAAGUCAAGAAAGAUAUAUGGUCAAUAAAAGAAUACCCAGAUUAUUUAAAAA